UCCAAUAGGACUAAUAACCACAUACAGGUACGUACAGGAGAUGUUCCUGUCGUGAUGAAGGGAGGAUAGGGUUCUUGUGGGUAAGAGAUUUGAACGCAUUUGAGUUGAGGGGGAAAAUGUCCAAUGUGAAAGGGAGACAUCUACAUCUCCUACUCCAUUCAUCCAUUGCUACCUGUUUCUCUUUGUCCAUCGUAGCUUAUCCUUCCUUCACAUGUCUUUAGCAUUCAUACAUUAGACUCCAUGUGAAAACUAUGAAACAAGGGAUCCCCAUGACCUGACCUUGACCAUGUGUCCAAUCAAAGUAGACUCUCUGUCUUUCCAAUUUGCAGGUCUUAAGUCUUAACGAAAGAGAUUUUCUUUGUGCCCAAUCCCACUCCCUCUCCAUUCUUUCCAACAGAAAACAAAAAACAAAAAAAAAAAAAAAAAAACAGAAGAAGAACUAAGAGGAUUUAGGGGAGAAAAAGAAGUCCAAAGGGUUUACACAAGCCACCAGAGUAUGAUUUUUCCUUUGGUUACUCUCUCUCUCGAGGCGCAGAUUAGCAAAAGGCCAACAAUUAGCGCAUGUUAGCAAGUAUAUAAAACAAAAACAAGUAGACAACUUCGAUAUUUUAUUAGAAUCCCGACCGUCUUCAGGUAAUGGCUGAAUGACUUUUCAAAAAUUCCAAUAGCUUGCCCCACUGUGAUUGUACUUGCCACGUGUCAAUCUAAAAUAUAUAAAUUAAUGAAAAGAGACUUGUCAAUUUGUCAUGGCUUUCGUUUUUUUUCUUUGCACUUUGUGCAGUAGGAGCGGUUUUCCCAGCAGCAGCAGAAGGAACAAGGAAGAGAGAAUGCCUCCAGAUCUCUAUGAUACGCCUCUUCACAUGCGCAUUUUAGCAAAAAGUUGAGUCACAUUUCUGCUCCGCCAUCUUCUUUCUCCUUCUCUGCUCUGACCCUAACCGGAGGAACAAAAAACCAAUCUCUCUAUCUGCUAAAACCCCAUUGACGAAUUCUUUGAACCCCUUCUCAAUCUACAAAUCUCUCUCUUCUCUCCUCUGGCAGUCUGGUCGUCCGCAUGUGCAAAUCCAAAACAGAUAUCGAUGCAGCGGAACCGGCCAGAAACUCGCGAACCUCCCGGACCCCUCGAACGCCCAGAACCCCUCGGCGACCUUUCGACAGCCCUAGAACUGCGAGAUCCUCAUUCACGAAUCCUUCAAGCAGCUAUAACACUAGCGGCAAUUACACGAUCGGUUCCAGCUACAAAGCUUCAUCGGCAACUUCGAUUUCCAGCAGAACUUCCCUCUCAGGCCUCCGACAUACCUUACCUGAGAAACCUCAGUUCUACGACUUGUCAGAAAUCUGCUCCGCCACCAACAAUUUUUCCAAGCGCCUCUCCAACGCCACCUGGAGAUGCAACCUGCAAGGCAAAGACGCCAUCAUCUUCCAACGCAAGUUCCGCCGCCCAAUCGAACCACUGCAGCUCCGCGAACGGCUUGCCUCCAUAUGCAGAGGCCAUCAUGUCACAAUCAUCAAGCUUCUCGGAAUUUCCAUCUCCGGCGACCACAUCUACCUCGUCUACGAAUACGUCGAAGGCGCUAGCCUCGCCGAUUGCCUCCGGAACCCUAAAAACCCUAAUUACACGGUACUCUCUACCUGGAUCUCGCGAAUGCAGAUCGCAACGGAUCUCGCUGACGGUCUCGAGUACAUUCACAGCAGCACAGGCUUAAAUGUGCGUUUCGUCCACAACCACAUCAAGAGUAGUAAUGUAAUCGUCACGGAGCCUUCACUCAACGCCAGAAUCUGCCACUUCGGUACCGCUGAACUGUGCGGAGAAAUCCCCGAAGACGAGCCAAAAGAACAGAGCGGGGAGAUUACGGAGGAGAAACCAUCGUCAAAAUACAAAAGAUCAAACAGCCGGGUGAUGAAAAUCGAAGGUACGAGAGGGUACAUGGCGCCGGAAUUCCAAACGACGGGGAUCCCGACGCAGAAAUCCGACGUGUUCGCGUUCGGAGUGGUGUUGCUGGAGCUUCUAUCGGGAGCAGAACCUCUCAAGUACAUGGUGGAUAGGGAGAGGGGUGAUUACAAGAGAAUCUCCGUGAUCGAGACGGCAACGGAAGCGGUGGCGAUGGAAUCAGGCACCGACGGGGAGGGAAGAAUACGGAGAUGGAUCGAUAAAAAACUUAACGAUUCGUUCCCGGUGGACGUGGCGGAGAAGAUUACACGCAUCGCCGUAGACUGCGUACAGGUGGAACCCGAUAAACGACCCGACAUGAAUAUAGUGGCCGGCAAGAUCUCGAAGCUUUAUUUAGAUUCGAAGACUUGGUCGGAGAAGAUGAAAAUUCCGACCAACAUCACGUUUUCGUUGGCUCCUCGAUAACCAUUCAAGACUUCUGGUCCAUUAAAAUUAAAAAAUUGAUUCGUUUUUUUUUAUAAUUCCGACUAGAUUUUAUUAAUUUUUGGUUCUUUAAAACAAAAUUGAUUGAGAUAUAUGAUUAAAUAAACAGUCUUGCUGUACAUUCUGUAAAUUUACACGAGAUUCGAAA